UGACCGUUAGAACAGGCUGAUGUUAGCCUGGGGCCGAUGUUCCCGCCACCAUCCCCACCCACUGUGCCUUAUGGUCAGGGGAGGGCUGGGAGACAUCUCUGCUGCCUGGAUGGGGAAACUGAGGCCCAGAGUUUAUUGGAGAUUGAUGAAGCUGCUGAAAAACAUGUGGGGUGUCUCGGAUUGGACUGCACUCAUCUCUGGUGUCGUCUGUGGUCAUCUGGUCCUCACCAUGUGGACCUUGCGAGUACCCCCUCCACGCCCAGUCCUGCCGUUCCUCCUGCUGUUGCUCCUGGGGGUUACCCAUGGCCUUUUCCCGGAAGAACCACCUCCACUCAGCGUGGCUCCCAGGGACUACCUGAGCCACUACCCGGUGUUCGUGGGCAGCGGGCCUGGUCGUCUGACCCCUGUAGAGGGUGCUGAGGACCUCAACAUCCAGAGAGUGCUACGUGUUAACAGGACACUGUUCAUUGGGGACAGAGACAACCUGUACCAAGUAGAACUGGAGCCGUCCACAUCCACGGAGCUGCGGUAUCAGAGGAAGCUUACCUGGCGCUCCAACCCCAGUGACAUCGAUGUGUGUCGGAUGAAGGGCAAGCAAGAGGGUGAGUGUCGGAACUUUGUCAAGGUGCUCCUGCUUCGUGAUGAGUCCACGCUCUUCGUGUGCGGCUCCAACGCGUUCAAUCCCAUCUGUGCCAAUUACAGUAUGGACACGCUGCAGCUUCUUGGGGACAGCAUCAGCGGUAUGGCCCGCUGCCCCUAUGACCCCAAGCACGCCAAUGUGGCCCUCUUCUCAGAUGGGAUGCUCUUCACAGCCACGGUGACUGACUUCCUAGCCAUCGAUGCUGUUAUCUACCGCAGCCUUGGGGACCGGCCCACACUGCGCACAGUAAAGCAUGACUCUAAGUGGUUUAAAGAGCCAUACUUUGUGCAUGCGGUGGAGUGGGGAAGCCACGUCUACUUCUUCUUCCGGGAGAUCGCCAUGGAGUUUAACUAUCUGGAAAAGGUGGUGGUGUCCCGCGUGGCCCGUGUGUGCAAGAAUGAUGUGGGUGGCUCCCCACGUGUGCUGGAGAAGCAGUGGACUUCCUUCCUGAAGGCCCGGCUCAACUGCUCAGUGCCUGGGGACUCACACUUCUACUUCAAUGUGCUGCAGGCUGUGACUGGUGUGGUGAGCCUGGGCGGUCGUCCGGUGAUCCUCGCUGUCUUCUCAACCCCUAGCAACAGAAUGGCUUGUGUUGCUCAGAUGAGAGAAAGAGCAGGGGACCCAAAGAUGGCACCACCCCCGCCCAGCUCAGCCUGUGUCGCCCUCCACAGCAUCCCUGGCUCAGCUGUCUGCGCCUUUGACAUGAACCAAGUGGCUGCUGUGUUUGAAGGUCGCUUCCGGGAGCAGAAGUCACCUGAGUCAAUCUGGACACCAGUGCCUGAAGACCAAGUGCCACGGCCCAGGCCCGGGUGCUGUGCAGCACCUGGCAUGCAGUACAACGCAUCCAAUGCCCUCCCUGAUGAGAUCCUCAACUUUGUAAAGACCCACCCACUGAUGGACGAGGCAGUACCCUCCCUGGGCCACUCGCCGUGGAUCGUGAGAACCCUGAUGCGGCACCAGCUGACCCGAGUGGCUGUGGAUGUGGGUGCGGGUCCAUGGGGCAAUCAAACAAUAGUCUUCCUUGGCUCCGAGGUUGGCACAGUCCUCAAAUUCCUUGUGAAGCCCAACACCAGUGUCUCAGGGACCAUGGGGCCCAGCAUCUUUCUGGAGGAGUUUGAGACCUACCGGCCAGACAGGUGUGGACGACCUAGCAGUGCUGGUGAGUGGGGGCAGCGACUUCUGAGCCUGGAGCUGGAUGCAGCCUCAGGUGGCCUGCUGGCAGCCUUCCCCCGCUGUGUGGUUCGAGUUCCUGUUGCCCGUUGCCAGCUGUACUCGGGGUGCAUGAAGAACUGUAUUGGCAGCCAGGAUCCAUACUGCGGGUGGGCCCCUGAUGGCUCCUGCAUCUUCCUCAGACCAGGAACCAGUGCCACGUUUGAGCAAGAUGUGUCCGGGGCCAGCACCUCUGGCUUAGGUGACUGCACUGGACUCUUACGCGCCAGCCUCUCAGAUGACCGCGCAGGGCUGGUGUCGGUGAACCUGCUGGUGACGUCCUCAGUGGCCGCGUUUGUUGUGGGUGCCGUAGUGUCCGGCUUCAGCGUGGGCUGGUUCGUGGGUCUCCGCGAGCGGCGAGAGCUGGCCCGGCGCAAGGACAAGGAGGCCAUCCUGGCGCACGGCGGCAGCGAGGCAGUUCUGAGCGUGAGCCGACUAGGCGAGCGCAGGGGGACCGGGCCCGGGGGUCGUGGAGGAGCCGGCGGCGGUCCCGGAGGUCCCCCGGAGGCCCUGCUGGCCCCGCUCAUGCAGAAUGGCUGGACAAAGGCGGCACUGCUCCAUGGUGGCCCUCACGACCUGGACUCGGGGCUGCUGCCCACCCCAGAGCAGACGCCUCUACCCCAGAAACGCCUGCCCACGACACACCCACACACCCACGCCCUGGGGCCGCGAGCCUGGGACCACAGCCACGCGCUGCUGUCCGCCUCAGCCUCCACCUCCUUGCUCCUACUGGCGCCCGCCCGCGCCCCCGAGCAGCCCCCGGUGCCGGCCGAGCAGGGCCCGGAAUCUCGCCUCUGCGCCCCCAGAUCCUGCCGGGCCUCUCACCCAGGCGACUUCCCGCUCACGCCCCACGCCAGCCCGGACCGCCGGCGGGUGGUGUCCGCACCCACGGGCCCCUUGGACCCUUCGGUGGGCGACGGCCUGCCCGGGCCUUGGAGCCCACCUGCAACCAGCAGCCUGCGGAGGCCAGGUCCCCACGGGCCUCCCACAGCCGCUCUGCGGCGCACACACACAUUCAACAGUGGCGAGGCUCGGCCCGGGGGCCAUCGUCCUCGUCGCCACCCACCCGCGGACUCUACACACUUGCUGCCCUGCGGGACGGGCGAGCGGACUGCACCCCCGGUACCCUAGGCCAGGCGGAUGCCUCGACGGUGCCAACCACAGCGACCCGGGCGCCCACCCAGGUCACCGAGCCCUACUGGCUCCGAGUGGGGCGCGUUUGUUCCUCAUCUACGCGCGUGGGGAUCCCCUCGCCCCAGGGAAGCACAAGAACCCCCUCCAUCCCGGAGGAUGCAGGACAUGAAGCCCCGGGGUGGGCGGGAGGAGGCUGACCUUUUACCUGCGCAUAGACUUUGAUUUUUGUUUGAGUUUUUUUUUUUCUAAGAAAUUGCACAGCCCCAUUCUUACUUGGGGUGGCGGCCGGGGUGGGGGGUGAGGACUUGGGGUGAGGGGAGGCAGAGCUGCAGACAUGAGCCUUCCCGCCUCAACACAUCCUCUGUAGAAGGGACCCCCUCCCCGCUCCUGGGCCCCUGCGUGUGCGGGUGUGUGUCCGUGUGCAUGGCCUGUUUGUGUGCAAUAGCCCAGGACAGAAGUGUGUGCGUGUGCGUGUGCGUGUGCGUGCGUGUGUGUGUGUGUGUGUGUGUGUGACAGGGCCACCAUGGGUGCGUGCUUGUGAGACUCAGAAUGUGGGUGGUGGCACCCUCAGAGACCCUGGCAUUGGCUGAGCCAAUGUUGGGACUUCUGAAAAGAAGCCCAGGGGAUGGGGCCUUCGAGGUGCCGGUUUGGAGUUCAAAUCCUGCUCCUGCAGAGGGGACCUGGGGGUCCAGGCUGGGAGAUGGGGGAACCUGCUUCUAAAGGGCUUGUGGGGGUUUUGGGAGGGUGGAGGUGGGCAGACGCCCCUGUAAAUACAACCCUGGGGUGGUCAGAGAGGCCCAUGCCACCCGUCCCCACUUGUGACAUCCCCUUUGACCACCAGCUGACCAUGCAUGCCACGUGGCCAGCUGAGUUCAGGACCCUCCCCAGUCCUAUCCCCAUCAAUAAAACUCUGUUUACAUCCACCGGC